GAGCCGCGGCCCCCGACUCCGAGUGCCGGCCGGGCAGGGGCGGAGCGUCAGGCCCGCUGAGCUAUCCGCUCCGACCGCGCCAGUUUGAAUGAAAGCUCCCCAAGAUGGCGGCGGCCGAGGCGCGAGGAGCUUGGUGUGUGCCUUGCCUAGUUUCACUUGAUACUCUUCAGGAAUUAUGUAGAAAAGAAAAGCUCACAUGUAAAUCGAUUGGAAUCACCAAAAGGAAUCUAAACAAUUAUGAGGUGGAAUACUUGUGUGACUACAAGGUAGUAAAGGAUAUGGAAUAUUAUCUUGUAAAAUGGAAAGGAUGGCCAGAUUCUACAAAUACUUGGGAACCUUUGCAAAAUCUCAAGUGCCCAUUACUACUUCAGCAAUUCCUUAAUGACAAGCGUAAUUAUUUAUCUCAGGUAAAGAAAGGCAGAGCAAUAACUCUAAAAGACAAUAACAAAGCUUUGAAACCUACCAUUGCUGAAUACAUUGUAAAGAAGGCUAAACAAAGGAUAGCUCUGCAGAGAUGGCAAGAUGAACUCAACAGAAAAAAGAAUCAUAAAGGAAUGAUUUUUGUUGAAAAUACUGUUGACUUAGAGGGCCCACCUUCAGACUUCUACUACGUUAAUGAAUACAAACCAGCUCCUGGAAUCAGCUUAGUAAAUGAAGCUACAUUUGGUUGUUCGUGCACAGAUUGCUUCUUUGAGAAAUGUUGUCCUGCUGAAGCUGGAGUUCUUUUGGCUUAUAAUAAAAACCGACAAAUUAAAAUCCCACCUGGUACCCCCAUUUAUGAAUGCAACUCAAGGUGUCAAUGUGGACCUGAUUGUCCCAAUAGGAUUGUACAAAAAGGCACACAGUAUUCACUUUGCAUCUUUCGAACUAGCAAUGGCUGUGGCUGGGGUGUAAAAACCCUUGUGAAGAUUAAAAGAAUGAGUUUUGUCAUGGAAUAUGUUGGAGAGGUAAUCACAAGUGAAGAAGCUGAAAGACGGGGGCAGUUAUAUGACAACAAAGGAAUCACAUAUCUCUUUGAUCUGGACUAUGAAUCUGAUGAAUUCACAGUGGAUGCAGCUCGAUAUGGAAAUGUGUCUCAUUUUGUGAAUCACAGUUGUGACCCAAAUCUUCAGGUGUUCAAUGUUUUCAUUGAUAACCUCGAUACUCGUCUUCCCCGAAUAGCAUUAUUUUCCACGAGAACCAUAAAUGCCGGAGAAGAGCUCACUUUUGAUUAUCAGAUGAAAGGUUCUGGAGAUAUAUCUUCAGAUUCUGUUGACCACAGCCCAGCCAAAAAGAGGGUCAGAACUGUGUGCAAAUGUGGAGCUGUGACUUGCAGAGGUUACCUCAACUGAAUUUUCAGGAAAUAGAGCUGAUGAUAAUUGUAGUUUUCUUUUUUUCUAAUAUUAAUAUUUAAAAAAUAAGUAUUUGGGACUCUUUUCAUACUAUCAAGAUUAUACACUACGUUAAUUUAAAUUCAUGUUUCAAACUAUGGGCCACAUGUAUUAGUGAUGCUUCUGAAGAGAGUAAUAGAGUCACAAAGACUAAUGUGAAACAUACAUAUUUACUGGUUAGAUACCAAACCUGAAAGGAAAACCAUUUACAGAUCAGCAUAUACAUACUAAAGAAGUCUAUGUGAAUAGAGAAAUGCCUCCUUCAGAGUUUGUGUUAAACUGAUAAUGUAACAGUUGCUAAGACCCAACAUUCAACUUGCCAUACACCUUGAAUUUAGAGAGAGUUAAUUCAAUUUGGGCAAAUAUACAAGUUCUAUUUUUUUUACUGCCAUUCCUGUGUACCUACUUACUACUCACUGUACUUGUAUUUGAGAUAAAUAGGUGAUACUGAAUUAUACUCUAUUUUCUACUUCUUUCAUUAAAACAUUGGGAUCUUGAUACAGAAAUUUAAAGUCUAAAAUUAAAUAUUAAAAAAAUUAAUUACAGCUUGAUUUCAUAUUUUGAAGCAAUCUAGACCAUUAUGAUGAAUGUAUGUCUGAACCAGUAAUUCUUAAAGAUUUUUUAAUUCCAUAGAAGGAAAAUCUCCAAAAUGCUCUAAAAGUUUAGAAUAUGCUUCUCUGAAACGGUGGGGAGGUGGGACCAGGACGGUUUUCUGGAGUGCCGGGCAGGGGAAAUGAAGCAUCAUAAGGGCCCCUCGCGAAUAUGAAUUAGAGCCACACAGUGCCUCUGGUCUGAACAGUGAGACAAGACACCCCUGAGAGCAGCUGUACCUAAUGAUAAGUUUUCACACAGUACACUAACAUAACAGCUUCUGAAUUUCAGGCAGUUUUAACAUUUCCUUUCCAUCAAAUUAAAUUAUUUUUGUAUUUCCUGCAGGCUCUUCUUAAAAAGUAAUCUGUAUUUUGAAUGGAUACUUAUUUUAUACAUGAAUUUUUUUAAAUGUGAUAAAGCUAAACUUGGCUUGGCCAAAAUAUGUGCCUAAAUUUAUGAAACCAUUUAUUACUUGAACUAUGAAGACUGAAAUGGAAUAUAUUCAUUGUUUUUUUUUCUUUUUUAUCCUGUAUAGUAAAACCUCAAUUGGGAAAAACUGUUUUCAUCUCUUUCUGAUUCUGGGAUUUCUAAUUAUGGUGUCCAACGUGAAGGUAAAUGAAGCAAGUAAAUGUACCUUUCAGUAUGCUGAAUUAACGUCUACCUACGCUCAGUGCCCCAGGCUUUAAUGACCAACAAUAAGUGUGGGUAAACUUGAACUGACUUCAAGAAUGCAGCACUUCAGAUAUCUUCUUAAUCUUUAACCUCUCUUUUUUUGGAAGAAGCUACACUUUAUAAUUCAUUAUAUUGCUACCAUGUGACUUUCCUGUUUUAUAGGGUAAAUUGUUUACAUGUUUGAGCCUCAGAGUAUAUCUGCUAAUUGAAAUUUGCAGGUGUCAAGGAAAAAUACAUUUUUUAGUCCAUUUCUUAUGUUUUGUUUAUGGAAAAAAUACAUUGUGUGGUAAGAAAGUGUCACAGAUUUACAGGUUGCUCCGGUGGCCAAGAUUAUUUUGCAUAAUUUUUUCACAGGUUUAAAGAUGUAAUGUCAACAUUCUUUUUAUAAAAAAAUCAGUGUUUUACCGUCUAGUAAUUUGAUCUUUUCUACUUUUUGUGUUAAAAUAUGUAAACUGGAGGGCAAAGGGAAACUGGCUGUUUUCAGUAAACUUUAUCCUUAUUAAUAGAAAUUUAAAGGGCCUUUGAGAUUUUAAUUACCCAUGUUACCUUUAUGUUAUUAAAAAGCUGAACUUAAACAGUAAAAUAAUAGAAACUAUGUAAAUGAAGCUGUUAGGAGCUUUAACCAUUUUAAGUCAACAUUUAGCUGCUUUAAAUUAGUUUCCUAAGUUGCCAGAAUUUGUUCUCUCAAUAUAAAGCAAAUAUUCAAAGAUAAUAUUUAGAUCAAGUUUAACCUGUAAAUUAAUCCACUGUACAAGCUAUGUUAACACCAUUGUCUUCAGUAUCUACAUGAGAGUAUUGUGAUACACAAUUGGUAAUCUCAGGGUUUUCUCCCUAUAUAUGCAAAAUCUAGACUGCACUUAUUUUUCUUAUAGUUCAACAGUUUUUCUUUAGCAAAAUAAAUGUAAUUUGGCAUUUGACUUUCUAUUUAUCAUGACUUAGCUUUAUUUCUGAAUAUUUUACUGUUAUCUCCAGUAAGGCUACAAAAGGAGCGGAAAAAUACUGAUGUAUUCCUGACUACCUGCUAUUGAGCUUAACCAAAGGUUUAUUACCAUUCCUUUAAAGGUUACUUUCGUUUUAAGAGAGUUAUCAUUGUCAUGGGUUGUGUAUUUGAAUAUUAAAGUAGAAUUUUACACUUAACAUAAUGUGGAAUGGAUACUUCUAAAAUGUUUUAGCAUUAUUAGGGACUUAAACAUAUUGUGCUAAGUACUGCCUGGAAGUGCAAAGGAAUUUAAGAAGUAGAGCUAACACUCUGUGGGCCAGUCUUAGGCCCUUUAUAUGCACUCAUGUGCUUCUCAUAAAUCGACGAGGUGGGUGCUGUCAAAGUCACUAUAGGACACUGAAGGAAACAAGUUUAGACUGGCUAGGUAACGAUAGCAGGCCAGAGAUCACCCAGCUCAGAGGCAGUAAACUGAAUCUGACUAUUUUUAACGUAUUUAACCAGCUUUAGGCAGACUUUUUAAAAAAUCAGUUUCUACUGUUAGUUUAAACAAACUUCGAAGUCUUGGAUUCCUCUCUAAGGGAAAUGUGGCUAGCCACUGGGUUUCUUCUGUGAUAUAUCUUGGUAUUUUGAAACAUUUUGUUUUUCAUUUUUCCUUUUACACUUUACAGUUCUUACAGUGGCUACUUUAUUUUUACUUCAAUUAAUCCUACCUGUUUUUAUGCUCUUUCUGAGAGGCAUUUUUGCAUAGUGAUUAAGAGCGUGGACUCUGGGGCCUGAAUUACCUAUGUUUGAGUUCUGACUUCGCCCCUUACUAGCUCUGUGAACUAACCUCUCUGUGCCUUAGCCUCCUUAUCUGCAAAUGGGGAUAAUCUAUCUAUCUACCUCAGAGGGUGGUUGUGAGGAUUAAAGGAGGUAAUAUACAGUGUGUAAAAGAAUUAAGCAUUGUCACAGAGUAAGCACCAUAUAUAAGCAUUUGCUAUAGUUAUUCUGUACUAUAAACCUGUACAUUAAAAUCUUUGGUGAUCACUAGAAGUUUUUUGAUCAGUGUCUUCUAGUGCUGUUAGCCCUUAAAUUUCUUCAGCCAGCAUUUACUAUGCCAGACUCACAUAAUAAAUCAAUGAAAAUGUGGCAGUAUGUAAUAUUAAAUUGAUGGUGUGAUUAUAAAAUGCCAAGAAUAUAUUCAGAAGAAUGUUUACAGGCAUGUUUUGAACACCUACCUUGGAUCAUAAGCUGUACUAUUAAGAUGAAAUCUUAAAUGUCAGUGAACAUAUACGAAUGUAUAUAGUUACAUUUAUUACAUGAUUUAUGAUAAUGAAGUGUAACAUUUAGAGCUAUAAAUAAAAAAUGAAGUCUCUUGGUUUCUGUAAUAGGCCUAUUGUAGUUGUUAUUAGAUAUCAACCCAUGGUUUGCAGUCCCUGCUGGUUCUCUCCAGUGAUUUCAUAUUCACUUUGAAUUUAGGUGGUAGUCCUCAUAGGGGAGAUGGGAAAAUGAAAUGUAUAUAACUGGAAUCCUGCCCCUCUCACACUGAGUGGGUAGAGGUGUGUCAUCAAAAGCUCAGAGCAGCAGCUGAGCUAGAAAAAAGGGGUGAGGGUUCACUUAAAACUCCUUGUGUUCGGCCUUCUGUUCCUUUGCCCCCCAGGUACCUGACUAAGCUCAGAGCACUCUCUCUUGGUGUACAUAGUGUACAUGGUAAUAAAACUUAGUGCUGAGUAAUUUAGGGCAGACACUUACCUUAAACUGUGACUCAACAUAUUCCUCAAAGGCCAAUCAAAGGGGAACUGACCAGCCCUCCCCUCCGCCCUCUCCCUCAAGAACCGUGUCAGCUCCGCCCCCUCAUCCCUCCUCUUGUGCCAGUUUCUUAGCUGAAACUUGAAGUCUGGGUGUCACUGUCCAGUUUUUCUCCCAUGUAAAUGGACGAGGGCUACUUGUCCUCCUCCCAACAUUUGGGGAUAGAACAUUGCCUUCUGGGGGGAUGAGAGGGCUGGCUUCCUGGGUCCUCUUGGCAUUGGUUCCUCUGAGCACCCACUUUAUUUUCCUCUCCCACUGACUCUAAGUCUUGUAACUCUAAUUAGUUUUGUGGAUCCAAUACUUACUUUUGGUCCAGUUACCAUACAGCGUGGUGGUAAUGCAUAUCAUUAUUAGUUUGAUUGAUCCCAAAAUGUGUUUUAGAGACGCCACCUAAACUUGUUUUAAGUGAAAUCUCUGCUUUUGCUUCCUCAACCUCUGAAUGUCAGCAUACCAAAGUGUUGAUGAAUAUUUAACUUUAUUACGUCCACAUGUAACUAUAAGGAAGUUGAAGGACUCACAGAACAC